AUGACUCAAAUUAAGUAUAUGCUAUUGAUUUCAAGACAAGGUAAAGUAAGAUUGCAAAAAUGGUACGUUUCUUUACCAAAUAACGAAAAGACUAAGAUUAUUAGAAAUUUAACAUCAAUUGUGUUGUCUAGAAAGGCUAAAAUGUGCAAUAUUGUUGAAUUUGGAGAUCAUAAAGUGGUAUAUAAAAGAUAUGCAAGUUUAUAUUUCGUUUGUGGAAUAACACAGGAGGUUGAUAAUGAACUGUUAACAUUAGAAGUAAUACAUAGAUUUGUUGAGACCAUGGAUACAUAUUUUGGAAAUGUAUGCGAGUUAGAUAUUAUAUUCAAUUUCGAGAAGGCUUAUAAUAUAUUAGAUGACAUGUUGAUGUGCGAUGGAUCACUAGCAGAAUCGAGUAAAAAGGAAAUUUUAAACCAUGUAAAGACAAUGGAUACCAUGGAACACAAUGAUCAUUUGGAUAGAGUAUUAAGUUGA